CACAAGCUUCAUUCUAGCGAUUUGGGGUUUUACUUAUUGUAGCAACACUCUCUAGCUAUCAGCCUUCACGUUAUUCAUAGUAGGGAAAAAACAAUUUUUCGUAUGGUAUCACUAUAUUUUUCCCACCCUCACGUAGACAUCCCUACCAUCAAUCAUUAACAUUUUCGUGCUCAGGGCCUUCGCACGUUGUAUUUUUUAUUUUAUUUGUUACAUUUUAGUAUUAAAAUAAAAGUGAAACUAUAUAAUACACGAUGGGCAAAAGGAAGACAGAGGCGAGGGAAGCGAAGAUUCUUAGAAAGAUAAGGAAACUGGAAGAAAAAUUGUCGAACACACCGGCGAGGAAACGUAUAAUGCGUCUACCUUCUAGUAGUUCGAGUGACGAGAAUAAUAAUGUCAGCCAGACGAAGAAUGACAUAUUAUACCAGGCUUUACCGGAUUCGUUCGACGCUCUUGAUGAUGUCACCGAGCGACGUCCAGACAUCGUGUUAUCAAUGGAGGACAUAACACGGCCUGAGGCGGCUGUUGAGAUACCAGCAGUUUCGCAGAUCGGCGGUGCCGAUUCAGCAGUCUCUGAAAUCGAGGGGAAUAAUGACCUCGAGUUGGAUGGGUCAAUACUUUCAUUGUUAGGUGAUGUUCCCGAACUUGUUACUGAACUCGGACCUCCUAUCCAUAAGGAUAUUGCCACAAGAUGGCAAGACAUUUUGAAAAGAGGGCUUAAAGAGGAUAUCAAAAGAGACUUGGUAAAGUUAUAUCCUAUACCUAAUAAUUUAGAAACACUGGUACCACCAAUUCUAAAUCCUGAAGUAAAAGUAGCACUAGCAGAAAGUUUAGUAAAACGAGACUCUUCUAUUUUUCAUAAACAAAAACAGAUCGGGUUGGCAUUGUCAGCACUUAGUAAAUCUGUCGACUCUAUAAUAAGUGACCCAGCCAAAAAGUUACAUAUCGACACAAAAUCGAUAUUAUUAAGACCUUUAAGUGAUGCUUGUCGCAUUUUAUGUGAUGUAUACCAGCUCGAAACGAAAAGACGAAGAAUGCUUAUUUUAAGUUCGAUAAACCAGAAGAUGAAAGACAUCGUUAUGGAUACAUUACCUGAAAAAUAUCUCUUUGGUGACAACAUGUCGGAGAAGUUAAAGACAGCUCAAGGUAUUAAUAGAUCGGGACAAAUUUUAAAAGUCAUACCGAAGACAAGUUUUUUGAGUAAAAAUGCUACGUCAACUACAUCAGUCCCAAAGUCUUUAAACCAACGGACCCCAUAUCGGAAAAUAACAGCACGUUCUUAUAUGGGGAAACAACGACUGCAGGACCGUGCAGCGCCAGCGCCAACUCCAGCGCCAGCUCAGGGCCGCCAGCGGCACUACCGCCGCAGCCCUCCACCUCCUCCGCGGCGUCAGAGACAGCAGCGGUUUUGAGCAUUGACCACGAGACUUCAUCACAAUCUGCACAGCUCGCUAGAAUUGAUUGCCGUGCGAUUGUCAGGAAAACGCUAAUAGAACGACAUCUUUCCUCAAGAUCUGUGGAUAUCAUCUUAUCGUCCUUAGCUGACAGUACCUAUAAGCAAUAUGAUGGAUGUAUUAGGUCUUGGAUAACAUAUUGCGAGAAUAAAGAACUAAGCUAUUGCUCUGCAUCGAUUCCAGAAAUUAUACAUUAUUUAAGUCAGCUUUUUGACCAGGGAGCAAAGUAUGGGACUAUUAACUCUCAUAAAUCAGCAAUAAGUUUAUUAAUGGGAAAUUCUAUUGAUGAUACCAGAGUUAAGAGAUUUAUGAAGGGAGUGUAUAGGUUACGGCCUCCCGCGCCUAAAUAUGAUAUAACUUGGGAACCUAAUAUAGUUUUGAAUUAUUUAAGCAAGUUAUGGCCCAACCAUACGUUGAGCUUAGAGGACCUUUCAAAGAAAGCUGUUACACUUAUUGCCUUGGUGACGGCUCAUCGUGUCCAGACGAUAUCUCUCAUAAAGACUAGAAACGUGUUUGUAAAUCAGGGUAGUGAAGUGAUUAUCAAAAUACCCGAUUUUAUAAAGACUUCUAGGUUAGAUGCACAUCAACCUUUGUUAAAACUCCCCUUCUUCACUCCCCGGCCUGAAAUCUGCCCAGCAUUAUGCGUCUUAGCUUAUUUAAAUAGAACUGAGAAUUUGCGGGUAAAUAAUCAAGACAGAUUAUUUUUAAGUUACAAGAAACCUUAUAAAGAGAUAUCGACGCAGACAUUAAGUCGCUGGAUAAAGACUAUUUUGGCUAACAGUGGCUUGGAUACUACAAUAUUUAGUGCCCAUAGCACUCGCCAUGCAUCAACUUCGUCGGCUUAUAGGCUGGGAGUCAAUCUUGACAUUAUAAGGAGAACGGCUGGUUGGAGUGAAGCAUCUGGAGUUUUUGCUAAAUUUUAUAAUAAGGAAGUUAUUGUUAACGAUAAAAGCUCAUUUGCUCAAUCCAUUCUUAGCAACCAUUGUAACUAAGAUAAUUAGAUUAAUAAGAGUUUAUUACAUUCUAUUAAAGAAAAAAGACU